AUGGCGUACACGGACGCGCUCCGUCUGGAAGUCGACGACGAAACGGAAGCGAAGAAGCAGAUUCAUGUCAGUGGCUGCGACAUUCCAAGACUGUGUUUGGUGGCUGCUUACAGUUGGCUACAGGAACACGCAUUCGAGUUGACCAAUAAUGACAUUGGCAAUAAUAUUUCAUUCUCCGCACUCCAAGAGUGGGAGCCUGGGCAGCCCAUCCAAACAGAUUCGCCGAAUGACUCGGGCAAGCUAUACAUUCCUGAUGACUUCGUCGUUUUGGAACCCACUGCAAGACAAAUGCAGAAGAUGGACGAAGCUAUCGAGGUCAUGGCUGGUCGUGUUUUGGCUGAAUACGAGAAGAAUCAUCCCAACUAG